AUGGCUGAACCGGCUAGUGGUUUCGUGACCCCUUCGGGAUGGUUUCCACCCCCGGAGUUGACUCCCACGUUGGGGCCUCUGAGUGACACUGCCCUGAUGCCAGACAACUGGAUGCCCUGGGCAAUGAUGCGGCCGCCGCAACCUCCUUCGUCGUCUCCUUCCACGGCUGCAUUAGAGCCUUUCUCGGAGGCGCAGCUCCCCCGCAAGGCCCAGGCACUCCCCGUGGCGCCGCCCCCCUUCGACGCCCAGCUUCUUCCUGGGGCACAGCCCCCCUUCGACGCCCAGUACCCUGUUGAUUCUCAGCCUCGACUCAACGUCCAGCCUUCCUGGAAUUGCCAAGCUUCGACAUCGUGGUGCUGGAGACAGUCUUCUGAUACUUUUCCCCAGCAUCAGAAGCCCCACAACACUCCUGUUAAACAUUCUUUUUUUCCACGAAAAUAUGAUGCAAACUUCAAUGAUUUCAACUUCUCUCCCAGUAGAAAACAGAAGAAAAAGAAAAGAAAGGAACCAGUUUUUCACUAUUUUUGUGACACCUGUGAUCGUGGUUUUAAAAAUCAAGAAAAGUAUGAUAAACACAUGUCUGAACAUAUAAAAUGUCCUGAAGUAGAUUGUUCUUUUACUGCACAUGAGAAGAUUGUCCAUUUCCAUUGGAAAAGUAUGCAUGCUCCUGGUACGAGGAAAAUCAAGCUAGACACUCCAGAGGAGAUUGCAAGAUGGAGGGAAGAAAGAAGAAAAAACUACCCAACUCUGGCCAAUAUUGAAAGAAAGAAAAAGUUAAAACUUGAAAAGGAGAAGAGAGGUGCGGUAUUGACUACAACACAGUAUGGAAAGAUGAAGGGGAUGUCCAGACAUUCACAGGUAGCAGAGAUCAGAAGUCCUGGCAAACAUCACAGAUGGAAAAAUGACAGAGGUGGACAUAGAGCAACAAUUGGAAUAGGCAGUCCCUCAUGUGAGUCAAAAGCUGAAGAUCCACUUGAGGCAAAUGUAGAUCCUCUUGGUGUUUUGGCAGACAAUGAUUCUGAGUCUGAUAAGGAAGACAAACCCCGCAGUACUGUCAUACCCAAGGAAGUGACUCCAGCACUGUGCUCAUUAAUGAACAGUUAUGGUAGUCUUUCAGGAUCAGACAGUGAGCCUGAAGAAACUCCCAUUAUGAAGGAAGCAGAAGUUCUGACAGAAAACCAGGUUCUUCUUAAUAGUACUUACGAGAGUCCAAGUCAACAUGUUAAAGUGACUAUUAGAAAUUUCUCAGAAGCCAAGCAUAAGAGCCCAAGGAAAAGUUUUAAAAAGAUAAAUCCUAAGCAGAAAAAAUACCACAACUCUCAAACAUUGUUUAAACCAAGAACACACCAUCCAAAUCUCCUGGAAAUGCUUUUGGCUCCAGACAUUAGACAUGAAAGAAAUGUGAUUUUACAGUGUGUUCGGUACAUUAUCAAGAAAGACUUUUUUGGACUUAAAACAAACUCUGUGAAAACAGAGGCUGUCUCAGUGUCUGAGGUUUCAGCCUGCAAAACUGAAGAUGUACAGUAG